CUUUAAAUGCACAAAAUAGUCAUACUUUUAGCAAUAGCUCUCUCCCUUGUAUCAGCUAGUGGGUAUUGGGCAUCUACCGAUAACUUGCUAAACAAGAUCCAGUCGGGAUCAAAUGAAAUUCUGGUGUUGACCUUCAUGGACCCGAAUCAUUCUGAGAGUUUCCCUCAAAGACUUAUGGAGAAUACUAAAGUUGAAGCUGAAAUUGAUAAUUUCAUAAUUCCAAGAUACGAUAAUGCUCCACUCAGUAUUUUGCAUACUGCCAUUGACGUGACUGAUAAGAGACAUGAGUAUUUACUCCAGAAGUUAGGCCUCCUUACUCACCCCAAAACUAAUGAAGGACCUGUGGUUUACAUCUCACAGAAAGGCGUAGGAGGACUCAGCUGGGGUCCUACCAUGACUGAGAAGAUUGAAGAGGUUUUAGCAACUUUGCAGAAGGAGGCAAAAGAAAAUGUCAGCAGAUAGUUCAUGCUAAUUCAUGAAUAUCAUGCUUAUUAAUCCCAAAUUUUA